CCUCUCCCGAACCCCAAUCACCAUGGCCAUAAGACGAUGAGCUGAGAGAGAGAGAGAGUUCCAACCAUCUCCUCUCCUCUCUUCUCUUCUCUUCUCUUCUCUCUUCUCUCUCCUCUCCCCGACAAGCACAGGGCUCGUCUUUUCCUUUCUUCCCCUCACUCUUUUCCCCUUCACUCACACACAGUCACACUGUGCGAGCCUGUGUGGGACUGUGGGUGUUGGCCAUUCCAGUACAAUCCGUUCUCUUUAUUCCUCCCUCUCCUGCUUGUCUCGUUGCGUGGCCGUGGCCUUGUGCGGUUUUAUGGAUCAAGAAACCUCACGAGAACCCCGACGCUUCGGCCGUCUGGUGGCGCGGCGCUAGCCAUCUCUUUGGAUCGCUCCUCGCGAUCGCAUUGCGGCCGCGUUCUUUGAUUUUUGGUUUUUUUUUUGUCCGGUCAAAGGUUGGUUCUUGGUGGUGUAGAUUCGGAGUGGCGUGUCGUGGCGGCGGUUUUUUGUUGUUGUUGUUGUUGUUGGUAGAUACUGGUUCGGAUUGUUUCUUGGAGGAGGAGGAAUUUCGCGUCUUGGAGCAAUGGCGGGCGGCGGCGGGCAGUCGGCGAUCGCCGCUGAGGACGACGACCUCGAGCGCGGCGCGGAGCGCGACGAGGAGGAGGAGGAGGGGAGCCAAUACUUCACCGACGCGGAGGACCACCAGUCGUGGGCGUCGCACUCGCGCCACAACUCCACCGCCUACGAGGACUACAUCUCCACCUGCGCCUCCGUCCGCGCGAGCUCCUACGACGGCGAGGCGGAGGAGGAGGAGGAUGCCGGCGGCGGCGGCGGCGGCGUCGAGCACCACCGCAGGAAGUCGUCGUGCGUGUCGGAGUGCUCGCUGGACGACGUCGACCUGGAGGCCGGGCUGGCCGAGGUCAUCAAGGGCAGCCCCGAGAAGGCGGAGAGGUGCUGCCGCAUUUGCCACCUUGGCCUCGAGACCGCGGCGGCGGAGUCCGGCGCCGGCAUCACGCUCGGCUGCUCCUGCAAGGGCGACCUCUCCUACUCCCACAAGCAGUGCGCCGAGACAUGGUUCAAGAUUAGAGGCAACAAGAUAUGUGAAAUCUGUAGCUCUACCGCAUGCAAUGUGGUAGGCAUUGGUGAUUCAGAAUCCGUUGAGCAAUGGAAUGAAUCGAACAGCACAGCACCUGCACAAGCACCACCAGCUGAAACUCAGAGAUUUUGGCAAGGGCAUCGGUUCCUGAACUUUCUUCUUGCUUGCAUGGUUUUCGCCUUUGUUAUCUCAUGGCUCUUUCAUUUCAACGUCCCGGGCUAAGUUUUGAAACACAUGGUCCUCAAUAAAAGCUCCAAUGCCAUUACUACACACCUGUGGGUUGGAUUUAGUAAAUCUGAAGAACAGGCUGAGGUGAAGGAAAGUUAUGAAGUGGUACAAAAAUGUUGGGUGGGGCAUGUUGAUCUUAACUGUGUCAAUGGCAAUUGCCUCCUUUCACAACGACCAAGAUUCCAUUAGACAAGAAGCUGGAAGGACAAUUUCCUCCUGUUUCCCUUGUCUGGAUGGAGAUGAAAACAAAGAAUGGAGAAUGUGUUUGUUCCGUCAAUAGUGCUGUCAUGGUUUUCAGGAAGAGAUUGUGCUGUAUCCAUUCCCUAUCUUCUCAGGCAAUUUAUCAUUUAUUCUGCUGAUUUGGUGUAAGUGUUAUCUUCCAGGAGAAAAAUGUGCUGAGUUCGGAAGCAUGUCGCCAGAAAGAAUAAACAAUAUUGUGAAGUUCCUGGGCAUAUCGCCGCACAUGAAAUUGUCGAUUUUGUGGAGAUAAUCCUGUAAUGGUCCUUUCGACGUUUGUGACUCCGUGUUCGGUUGUUUGUUGGAUGGAGUACAUGAUGAAAUGUCACUCUUUGUUGGACGUUAGUACUCUUUGUUGGAUGGAGUACUACAGAAUAGUACUAGUAGAAUUUUUUUAUCCAUGCUCAUUCUAAACAAUAUAUCAUUUCAUCAGUCUUUUUCGUGGUACUAAUGUGGAUAUGUUUGACCA